GUGCAGAGCGUGGUGCAGUGCAUUUGCUCCGUCCUCGCAGCGACGUGCGUGAAGAAGCAGGAGCUCCUGCAGGAGCUUUUCUCUGAGCUCUGCGCCUGCCUCGCUCCCCCCUCGGGCUCGAGCAGAACAGCCUCGCUGUCCGAGGAGCUGAAGCUGGCCGUAAUCCAGGCGCUCCACACCCUGAUGCACUCAGCUUAUGGGGACGUGAUCUUGUCUCUGUACCAACCUUCCACCCUUCCUCUCCUAGGAUUUGCCGUAUCUUUGCUUCUGGGCCUAGCGGAGCAAGAAAAAGCAAAGCAAAUUAAGAUCUCCGCUUUGAAGUGCUUACAGGUCCUGGUUCUGCAGUGUGACUGCCAGGAGCAUCGACGCCUAGAUGAAGACGAGGCACAGCAAUGUGGGGAUUUGUUUGCUUCUUUUCUGCCUGGGAUUUCCAUUACGCUGUCUCGGGUUAUUACUGGAGACAUCAAACAAGGUCACAAACCCACCGUCUCUGCCAUUAGACUCUUUUAUCUGAUUGUUGGCUUGGUAAUGGCUGAUGCACAGCUAGCCAGAAUCCCAAAGAAUAAAGAAAAGCUGCCAGUGGAACACAGCAGAGUGUCAGAACUCAUGGUCCAUAGAGGACCCGACUGGAGUAAAAGUACUGCCGAAAAACUCUCUCUCCUCCUGCAUAAAGUGGUUGAAUUUUCUUCAGUUCACCCCCACUGGAAAGUGAGACUGGAGCUGGUGGAGCUGGUCCACCACUUGCUGAGGAACUGCAGUCGGUCACUGGUGGACUCGUUCAGUCAUCUUCUAAAGGCCUUGGUUGGGCUGGUGAACGAUGACAACAGCGAAGUCCAGAGCAGGUGUAACGAGGUUCUGCGGGGCAUUGCGGAGCAGAGGAUCGUAGCGCAGAGCAGGGCUCUUGCUGAUGUCCUCUCUGAGAACCUCCAUUCCCUUGCCACGGCUCUUCCUCGCCUGAUGAACUCUCAGGAUGACACGGGCAAGGUUUCCACUCUGAGCUUGUUGCUCGGCUAUCUGAAGCUGCUGGGCCCCAAGAUUAACGUUGUCCUCAACUCCACAUCCCACCUCCACCGUCUCUCCAGAGCGCUGAUGCAAGUCCUGGAGUUGGAUGUGACAGACGUGAAGAUCGUGGAAGACAGGCGCUGGGGCUGCGAGAGCGCGUGCGGACCUUCGGGCUCCUGGCAGCACGGUGUGCAGAAAGGCAGAUGUCAGAAGAAAUACUUCCGCUUCUUCACGGAGGAGAAAGUUUUCCAGCUCCUUCAGCAAGUUUGUCGUGUUCUUGGCUACUACGGGAACCUCUAUCUGCUUGUGGAUCAUUUCAUGGGGCUGUACGGUGAAUCUGGCAUGUACCGAAAGCAGGCAGCGAUGGUCCUCAACGAGCUGGUUGCAGGAGCGGCUGGGAUGGGGGUGGAUGUCCUUCAGGAACGGGCAAUUCCACUGAACAUGGACGAUCUCAAAGGGUCCAUAGUGUCCAUUCUCGACGAGUACACAGACCAGGCGAACUGGUAUUUGAUCACCAGCAUUGAUACAGAAGAAACCGGCCACGAGCACUCUGUGCAGCGUUCAGGACUUACUGCCCGUCCUGGAGGCGCGCACAGCAGCAUCCUGCUUCCGUCCCCAGAGCCGCAUGUAACGACCCGCACCAUGAACAGCAACAUCUGGCAGAUCUGCAUCCAGCUGGAAGGCAUCGGCUGCUUCGCCGCUGUCCUCGGGAAGGAGUUCCGGUUGCUUCUGCUGUCAGCUCUCUACCCUGUGUUGGAGAAGGCUGGCGACAAGACUCUGCUCAUCAGUGAGACGGCACUGGGGACGCUGGUGGACAUAUGCGAGGCCUGCAGAUAUGACUCCGUGCGGUCUUUGAUUAAUGAGAAUUCUGACUAUCUGGUGAACGGCAUUUCCCUGAAUUUGCGCCAGCUGGCACACCAGCCGCAUGCUUCCCAGGUCCUGGACACUAUGCUGAGGCAUUCAGAUGCCAGCUUGCUGCCGCUGGUAGAAGACGUUAUCCAAGAUGUCUUGUCCACAUUAGACCAGUCUUACAGUAACCAGGCUUCCACGUUCCUCGGGGUCCUCCACUCCGUAAUGGCAGCUUUAGUCCAGUGGUUUGGAUCAUCCUGCGGUGAGGAACACCAGCAAAGGCAGACCGUUGAGUGGCAGAGCAGGACUUUGUCCCAGGGGCAGCCGGUGGUGACAAGGCAAGAAGUGGAACAGUUCUUCCUUGACUACGUCAGACAGAAGCAGAUCGCAGAGGGCGAUCUUCCCGAGGCAGGGGAUGAGGAGGCAGAUGAGGUUCCCCCCCUUGCGAAGCUGGAGCCAAAUGACUCGGACACAGAAGGAGAAACUCUGCUGCCAAGCCAUGCUCAACUGGCCAAAGAUGUGAUGGAGAGGUGCAUCCACUUGCUGUCUGAUGGGAGCCUCCGAGUGCGGCUGAAGGUCCUGGACGUGCUGGAGCUCUGUGUAACUGUGCUGCAUCCUCACGGAAACCAUCUGCUUCCCAUGGCUCAUCGAGUCUGGCCAGCUCUCGUCACCCGGCUGAUUAGUGAUGACCCUCUGGCAGUGCUCAGAGCCUUCAAGGUGCUGUGUACCUUGGCUCAAAAGUGCGGGGACUUCCUGAGGCAGAGAUUCUCCAAAGAUGUCCUGCCUAAGCUGACCAGUUCCCUCCUCAGCCAGGCCCCAGCAAGCGCCAGAGCCGGGCCUGUGUACAACCACACGCUUGCCUUCAAGUUGCAGCUGGCUGUGUUGCAGGGACUGGGUUCCCUGUGCGAGAAGUUGGACAUGGGCGAGAGUGACCUGAAUAAAGUGGCAGAUGCCUGCCUGAUCUACCUCAGUGCCAAGCAACCCAUGAAGCUGCAAGAAGCUGCCCAGAGUGUCUUCCUCCACUUAAUGCACGUGGACCCUGACAGUACCUGGCUCCUCCUGAACGAGGUCUGCUGCCCUCAGCGGUACGAGCCCCCCCACAGCAGCCUGCGGCCCGUGAAGCUACGUGGGAUGGGGAGGCAGCGGGAUGAGUUCACCGACAACGUGCUGCUCCUGCUGGGGAGGCUGCAGCAGCGGGAGCGCCCGGCGCCGCCGGCCGGCACCCGAGAGGCGUCUCCUCCUUGACAGAGCAUCGCGGCGGCUGGGAGGGGAAGCGGAACCGCUGGGAUAGCGCUCACCUGGGAAAACCCCGUCGUUAACCCCCCAGAUCACUCUGGGGGCAAAGGAAGGGUUGCCCAGCCUGGGGCACUGGCCAAGAUACCCUGCCCGCAGGCAGAAGAUGGGGGUUUUUUAAACAGUGUUCGAGGCUGAGGUGGGCACGUUGCCCCGAUUCCUUCGGACCUGGGCUUUCCUGCACAUGGUGCCAGAGAGAAAUCCGGGGGCCGUAGCACACCCAUUUUAAGUUCUUCAACACAAAGUGGGAGUCGUUUUCCAAAAGUGACUUCUUACCACUCAAUCCUUGGGCAGUGCCCGUCAGCACCCCCACGCCCCCCCGACCUCUCACAGCUGUGAUAUUCCCUCUGUUCCCAGCUGGACAAUGAUCGCCAACUCAAAACAAAAACUUUUUCUGGCCUUAGCCCUUUCUCCCUUAACCCAGGGCUGUUUGGGGUGCAUUAAAAACCUUUUCUUCUUAAAACCAGUUCCUACCAGGAGAAGUUAAAACGCAUUUCCAACAAAUUCCUCACCGGUAUUGCUGGCAAGAAGGACGUCUCCUCUUGGAGACAGCCAGGCUGCUCCUUACAGGGUGCCAGGGUGGCUGCCAAGACAGCCAAGCACAUCGUGCUCCCCGGCCCUCACCGCUGAGCGAGGGAUCCUUUAGGCGGCCGGCCCCGAUUUACCACUUGCAAGUGAUUUCAACCUCCUCCUCCUCCUUCCCCGGCCGCCUGCCACUCUCGCAGGCCGUUUCUUAGACCUCUCGGAUUUCUAACGCCCACCCCAAGGAGGUGAAGUACCCACCCGUGCCCCAGCACGGCCGCCCCAGUGGGCGCAUACACGGUCAGUGACAUUAGGUGUGAGCGUGGUGGUGCCACCACAGCGCCACGGCUUGCGUGAGCGGGCACCGCGCAAUGCGGCGAGGACGACGAGUCUUUGGGGUCUGCUCGCUGCGCACC